AGCGAAAAGUACUCACCUCAUAGCAGAGAAGACACACCGCGUAGGCGAGAAACGAACCAAUCAAAAUCCCGUACCAAGUGUAGGGAAUUCGACUUGUGUAUCCCUCAUCAGUCUUACUACAACAGCCGAGAAAGGCUGGCCACUUGCCAUUGAUGAUGGACCUCGAUUCGAACAUAACCUUGUAAGCCAUCAGCAGCACCAAGGAUGUAAAUAUGGUAGACCCCUGACUCUGCCAGUCGUCGACAUUUCCGUCCCCCACGGUGCCCUCGUUCCACAUGAGACCUCCGAAGGCCCCGGUUUUGCCGCCGCCAUACAUGGUCAGCUGAGGGAGCUGACCCCAGUACAGAAUGGCAACGUGCACGAGGCACAAAAUAAACCAUCUCGAAACGGUACGUGGAGUGAUAAGCUCAUUUUCCUGCGUCGGCUUGUACACCUCGGGGUUCUGUUUGAUGUAUUCCUUGUCGAGAUUUCUGUCAAACAUUCCGAUGCUCAGGAUCGGGAAGAAGCACACAAAACUGUAUCCGGCCAUCAUCCAUUGAUCGAAAAUAGAGGUUCCACUGAACAAGGUAUAGUUGUUAUACAAAACUAGAAGACCAGAGAUGGCAGCAUUUUUGUAGAACGUAUAGAGAACGACCAUGGAUGUGCGCAAAAAAUCCCAUCUACCGUGGUACAAAACGAGGUUUUCCAGGAAUCGAAACUGUCCAAUCGAAAAAUCGGAAGCGUUGACGGCCUGCUGGCCUUCUUUGCCAGAUAUCCCGACUCCACAGUGGGCCGCGUGAAUCAUUCCAACGUCGUUGGCACCGUCCCCAAUUGCUAGCGUGAUGGGUUCGGGGACGACAUGGUGCCGAACAAGCUUCACGAGCUGUGCUUUUUGGCGUGGCGUUACCCGGCAAGCAAUGACCGAGGUGCACUGGCUUGCAAUGUUGAACACAAGCUCUUCCAAUUCGUCAUCGUUUUGCAAGUGUUUUAAUGCUGCUCCCUCGAUCACCAAUGCUCUGGGACCAUCACCCGAUGGUUCUAUAUUGGGGACGUCCGUACCCGCCAGGACCCUCUUCCGCUUCUGCUUGUGGAGAUGCUUGACAAGCCGCCCCUUUCUGACAUCACGAUCAACCGCAAACAUCCGUUCUAAAACGGUUCUCCUGCUCUUGUCGAAAUCGCUCUUAUUAUUGCCGUCCUUCGACGGCAUGAAACUCUUGAUGGAAAGCACGUCGUCAUCGAUGAUUGGUGCUUCUUGGUCCUCAGCUUCCUCCUGGGCACCAAGUUGUGACAAUUUCGAGGCUCUUUUGUCAACUUCGCUGAGUUUCCCAAGGCUGCGUUGCGAUUCCAGAACUUCUUGUGCCGACUGUGCACGAUCGAACACAGACGGCACCGCAUCCGACGACAACUUUGUGUUGUCGGUGUUGGGGUAUCGUCGCAUGUAAUCCUUUAAGAUAGCCUCGGCGCGAUUGCGAACGUUGCGUCGCCUAACGAUAUCGAUCAACUUAUCCUUUUCUUCUUGCUUCGCUUCCUGAAGGCUUUCCAAUCUGUCUAUUUGGGCUUUUUUCUUGAAUCCUAGCAAGCCACGAAUCAUAAUGUUGAUCUUCAACACAAAGCGCUUCCGAUUGAGGGAGCAAAGAGUCAGGAUCUUUCCGAUAAAAGAAAAAAGAAAGCUCCAAGGCAUUUUCUUCUCCUUUUUGUCAACAGCCGAUCUUUGGUACAGGGGAAGUUUGCCGGCCUUCACGAGUCGCAUGAACUCCAUGGCGCAUUGUGCACGGACAAAGUCUUCGCCUCGAUCUGCCAUUUCUGUCACAUGCAUUUUCGGAGUGAGAACCUUUGUAGAAUAACCGAUCUCAAUCGCUGUUUCUCUCUUAUCUCCAGUCAGCACCCAGAGCUUGAUCCCGGCCUUUUCGAGGGUGGCAAUAGUGUCCGGUACACCGACUUGCAAUUUGUCUUCGAUCGCAGUUGCGCCAACAAUAUGCAAAUCCCUUUCAAUUUCUAAGGCAGCUUUCGUCAGUUUCGCUUUUCUAUCUUUCAGAGCUGUGGCAGCCGCUGUAAAUUGGUCGAGCCACAUAUCGCAUUCAUUAUCAGUAAGGAAUCGUACCCCUAAAACCAGCGUGCGCAAACCCUCCGACGCAAAUUCCCCAAGAUGGGUCUCAAGGCCGAGCUCCCUCGCCAUCGCCCAUUCUGAGUCAUCCGAACCCGAACCUGACUGGUUUAGUGUUGCAGCAGAAAUGUCUGGAUCGAGCAUCGCUGAAUCCGCUCCCUUGCACAAAAGAAUAGCGCAACUGCCGAAUUCUGGUGGCGAUCGAAGGAGAAUGGACAUUCGCUUUCGAGUAGAAUCAAACUUGUUAAUUGCGAGAACGCCCCACGUUUCAAUAUUGUCUUUUCCAGAGGCAAUAGCGGUUCGGUGAAAAGAACGUUUUCCGCUCGCGCUGCCGGUAGCAACGGCGCUUGGGUCAAUUUGCCCGCUUUUUAGCCCCCGAAUCAGCCCUUCGUCGUAAAAUAGCGAUGGAUGGUCACACUUCAGUCGAAUGCCCGUAGAAUCUCUGCUGAUAAGUUGAAAUCCAAACGCCUUCGACGCUUCGGACACGAGUGCUCCUUCGUCAGGACUCUCGGCUUGGUAAGCAAAGCCAGGAGGUGCACCAUCGGGUGCCUUUGUCGGCGAAUUUUCUUCCUUUGCAACAUCUUUGCUCACCCCUUCUUGUUUUGGCAAAUCAAGGUCUUUUUCUACAACAACUGUGUGGCACAAUGACAUUACUCUAAGGAACAUUUCGGCGUUGAAUGUCAUCCCCUUCGUUUUUCCGAGAUGCUUUCCGUCGGAAGCUGUAUGGACUUGCCCAACAACAACCUGCCGGGCAGGAAGAUACUCCGAUGUAGGCUUAUCGCUUUCAUCACCCUUUGGAAUCGCCUUUGCGACCGGCUUUCCGAAGAUCAUACCAUCGACGGAACAACGUUUGAAACGCAUCACAUUUUGAGUCAGCGUCCCCGUUUUGUCCGAGAACACGUACUGAAUCCGUCCUAAAUCUGUAUAAGUGACACUUCGGGGCUCCGCCCGUGUAUCGGUGGUUCCGUCGUAGAUUUCCGGGUCAACAUAAAUCAACCACAUCAAGAAGAAGUUACAUACUUCUAAGGUGAAGUACAUACUGAGUGGAACAAAGUAACUUAACAAUG